GUAAAAGUGACGUCACCUGGCAGCCGUAGUGCGUGUGUGUGUGUGUGUGUGUGUGUGUGUGUGUCAGGUGCUUCAGUUGGAAGUCAGGCUUGAUCCCAGUGAGAGUGGAUCAGAGUGUGAUGAGUGUUUAGACAGUGUGUGAGAGAGAGAGAAACUGAAGAUGUAUGUGAGUUACCUGUUGGAUAAGGAGAACGGGAUGUACCCCAAUGCUGUACGUCACCCGAGUCUCAACCUCAGCCCUCAGAACUUCGUCCCUGCUGCACCUCAGUACACCGACUUUACAGGAUAUCACCAUCAUCAUCACCAUCAUCACGUCCCCGGCUUUAACGACGCAAACCAGACCACCGCAGCGUAUCCUCCUCCUCCCCCUCCAGCUCCUGCUCGGGAUGACUGGACCCCUUAUGGCCCCUCGGCCCAAAAUUCAUCCUCCAACCCAGGACAGAUCAGUUUCGGACCGCCCGACUUUUCUCCAUCCAACCUGCAGCCUUCAGCUCUCCUUCAUCCCUCCAUCAGCUCUUCAUCAUCAUCAGUCGCUCCACUCUCGCCCAGCGAGCAGCGCAGGAACCCGUAUGAGUGGAUGCGUCGGAGCGCCGCGCCACCCAGCAACCCGGGAGGAAAGACCAGGACGAAGGAUAAAUAUCGAGUGGUCUACACGGAUCAUCAGCGUCUGGAGCUGGAGAAGGAAUUUCACUACAGCCGCUACAUCACCAUUAGGAGGAAGGCGGAGCUUGCCACCACCCUCAGCCUAUCAGAGAGACAGGUAAAGAUCUGGUUCCAGAACCGACGAGCCAAAGAGAGAAAAAUUAACAAGAAGAAGCUGCAGCAGCCACAGGCGUCCACAACCACGCCCACUCCACCCAGCUCCAACAUCUCCAACAUCUCCAGCAGCAGCAGUGCAGGUCUAGUCUCAUCUUCCAUGCCCAUGACAAUUAAGGAAGAGUACUGAAAAAAACAACAACUGUAUACACACACACACACACACACACACACACACACACACACACACACACACACACACACACACACACACACAGCUUUCUACACACAGUUCACAGUUUUAACAGACAAGCUGUAAAAAGGGAAAUUAUAUUAAUGUUCAUAAACAUUAUAACCCUGUUAUAAACAUGUCAAAACCUGUCAUAUGCAUGUUAGAAAACAAUGAUGAACGUCAUAUACCUGUCAAACAUGUCAAAACCUGUCAUAUGCAUGUUAGAAAACAUUGAUGAACGUCAUAUACCUGUCAAACAUGUCAAAACCUGUAAUUAGCGUCGUAUAAACAGUCAUAAAGCUGUUAUAUACAUAUUAUAAACCUGUAAUAAAUCUGUUAUAAUCCUGUCAUAUACUCAUCAUAAACCUGUCAAAAACAUGUCAUGGAUAUUGUGUUUGCUGGUUUGAAAUAUUUGUAAAUGCUUUUGAUUGAAGUGAUAAACUUUAAUAAUUGUAUAUUUUAAACAGAAUUUGUAUUAAAAACUUUAUUU